UAUCAGGACGGAGGUCCCCGGCUACACACAGGACCAGCCUAGGGCGCAGCGGUGGUCCACGUCUCGGAUCGCGCAUUCCGGACUCGAUGAGAGACGAGUCAUGCUCGAUGAGCUUACAGUGGAUGAUAUCACAUGGACCCCUUUUGAGGACCAUCGAGAUGUUCGACCGCGGGAUCCCAGGGCCCUCUAUUCCGGCUACAUCAGGACACCUUACGGCCGGUCUGUGAGCCGACAUCUACCAGAGCGGGUUAUGCGCCAGUUUGGCUUCAUACAGGACAUCCCUCGACACCCCUCUGAGAUCCAGACGACGGGGUCCCUUGCUGAGACCAUAGAUGCUGCCUAUGCUGAGUUUGAGCCGCACCUCCGCCCUCAGGGGAUACCUGCUACAUAUCCGGGAGAGGCGGUGGAGGGUUACAUGAGGUGGUAUAGCAGAGUGUCACAUGUGUUCAUCAUCCCUGAUGAUAGGAGGGAGGAGCUUAGUGCCGUGUCUGCCAUACGUAGGGGUGUGGAGUUGUUGGAGCAGUCCCUGGAGGUGCCAGGUGCUCUUGCUCCAGGGACACAGCCCCGGAUCCUCACGGAGAGGGCGCUCGAUCUCUUUCGACGGAGUUCCUUCGUUGGUACCCAGGGAGUUGCCUUUUCUGCUAUUCGAGGAGCCGCAGCUGCGGGAGGCAGAGCUCGUGGAGGCAGAGCUCGUGGAGGCAGACCCCGUGGAGGCGGAGCUCGUGGAGGCAGAGCUCGUGGAGAGGGUGAUCCUGGAGAGGGUGUUCGUGGAGGUCGAGCUCGUGGACCCAGAGGUCGCAGGGGGAGGGGUCGGGGAGAGUGAUUUUAUUACACUUGUUAUGUGGGAUCCAUUAUUAUGUAUAUGUUAGGACUUUUUAUGUUAUGUUAUGACUCUUGCCUCGUUUUAUUUACAUGUGUUAUAUUUUUAGUCUUAA